CACUGACAAAUUGCUUGCCAGCUUGCCACAAAUUGAGGUUAUGCGAAAUGGAACCGCCUCUCUUCUGGUGUCAAAAAAUCUCUCUCAAAUAAAUAAUUAAGAGAUUUUGAUAAUUUCUUCACACAAUGGAACCCACAAGAGAACCGACUUUAAGUUUGUUCAGCUCGAGAGAGUUUGAUCCUGGAAAAUAUGUUAGAGAAUUAUCUCAAAGUUGUGUUGGGGGGCCCGAAUUGCGUCGUCUUAGAAAAAGAAUUCAAACACUGUCUGAAGACACUAACAACAAUUUGAAGAAAAAUGUGUACCGCAAUUAUACGCAGUUCAUUGACACUGCUAAAGAGAUAUCACAUUUGGAGAGUGAAAUGUACCAAUUAUCACACCUUUUGUCAGAACAAAAAUCCCUGUUGGGUGCCUUAUCAACAACUUCAAUUUUGGGAGAGGAAACUCCACUUAUCACGGAAAUGGAAAAUAAGGACAAUCCUAAAGAUCAGGGUGACGAAAAUAGACAGAAAUUAGCUUCAAUUUUAGAAAAAGUUGAAGGUUGUAAGGAAUUGUUAGAAGUCCCUGGGAGGACUUACCUACAUGAAGGCGAUCUUUUGGAAGUUGAUCCUCUCGAUAAUCACAUAAUUAAAACAAUCCACGCUUAUUUAUUUACAGACGGUUUUAUGACAACUUACAGAAAUAAUAAUAGCAGGGGCUUAAUGAAAUAUGUUUUUGAAGUUAUGUACGAAUUAGGUAGUUUGGCUGUAGUGAAUGUGCGAGAAAUUGGAAAUAACAAACACCAAUUUAAAUUGCUGAUUUUUCCCGACACUCGUGUAUUCCAAUGCACUUCCAGCUCAAAUAAGAAAGAAUGGUUGGAKAAACUCGACCAGGCCAAAAAAGCCCGUCUUACACAAGACCAACAAAAGCGCGAAUCAAUUGUAGAAAAAUCUCCAUCUCGGUCCGCCUCCAUCGAUUCUCCUAGCUUCAACCCUUUUGAGGAAAUUGAGGACGAACUUGGAACGAUACACCCUGACUGGUUCUUGGAAAUCCCCGAAGAAUUAGACGUAUGCGUCGCUCAGAGACAUUUUGAGGAUGCUCUGACCUUCCUUCAAAAAUCCAAAGACUAUAUCACGCAAUUCGUCACCACCAGCGGCCAGCCGGAUCACGUGAUCCUUGACAUACAAUUAAAAGUCGAACAGCGGCGUAACCACUUAACGGAAGUACUAAUGAAAGAACUCGAAGUUAAUCCAGAUAAGUCCCAGCAAGGGGGCCUACGGGCUGCCCGCCGCGCUGUGAGACUCCUCAACCAGUUGGGGCGUUCGACGGCGGCUUGUAACUUAUUCCUGAAGUUGUGCAGUAACAUGCUCAAAACACAGUGUAAAAGGGUGAAACGCGAAUGUUCCACGAUUAUGUACGUGAGGCACUUGUCAAGUGUCGUUUUUACGAAUAUGUGUCACAUGACUGAAGAAUUCUUGAGGGCUUUUCCCAGCUCAUCGAGCUGUUCAUCAGCAUACGUGGUGUGGGCUAGUAACGAACUGUCCCUGUUUACGACUCAUUUUAUAAAACAAGUUUUCAUGCCCCAAACUUCGCUUUCUACUUUAACGGAAUGUGUGGUAUUGGCCCGAUCACAGUGUGAAAGAUUAUGUUCUUUUGGCGUUGAUUUGUGUUACCAGUUAGAUGGCGCUUUGCGCACCCCUCUAAUGCAGGCUUUAAAAGACGCUCGUGAUAAGUCUAUAGAAGUAGCAAAACUUCGUGCUCUUGAAGAUAAAUGGAUCCCUAUGAAUCUUCGAACAAAGACAGGUCUCGCUCGAUUUUUGCAGGAAUAUUCCGAAAUGGGGCUCAAAGUGGACAAUUACGUCACUGGAGACACUUGGAUCCAACUUACAAACAAUACACUGGUUUUUACCAAACUAUUUUUAAUUCUUCUUAAUGACUGUUUACGACUUGAAACAACCGAAUUGCUUUAUACAAUAAACGACGUUCUUUAUGACGUUUUUGAGGCCCAAGUGCGGCACAUUGAAGCCUCCUUGCGUAAUGAAAGUCAAUUAGAGCAAAGGAAAUUCAUUACAAAAAAUGCCGAAUUUCUCUUAAGUACCGUUCAAGAACUGUGUCAGAAAAAGUACAAAGAAGCGAUUGGUUUUGAAUGUGCGUCACUACAAAAGCUACAAAAGGAAUACUCAGCUUUGACAAAAGGAGUCUCACCUACGAGUAGGAACACAAAAACAAAAUAUUCAUCAGAGUUUUUAUAAUGUGGUCUUAAAUGUUACAAUAAAUAUUGCCUAAUAAAUAAAAUUAACUAUU